AUGAUAGAAUCGGGUGAUAUCGCAUCAUUUGCUAUUGGAUAUGGUUUGUUAAAUGAAGAUUACAAUAAUUUAAAAAAACUUUUUAAAUAUACAAAAGACGGAGAAAAACGUAAGUCCGAGGAAUAUUUUAUACUAUUAAGAAAGACGAGUAAAAUACCGGAAAAUACUAAGAUUAUUGACGUUAAUAGCAAUGAGUUUAACUGGUUGCAAAAAGUGCAAGCUGUACUUGCUAGGAAUGAAGCACAAAGCAUCAAUAACACGAGAAUCAUAUUUGUUGAAGAAGGAAACUUUCAGUCGGGUCUCUUAGUAUUCAUUAAUUGUUUAAGGAAAGAACCUGGUGGGGAUAUCUUCCGAGCUGUUUUAAUUCAAGAUCUUAAAGCGCCGAAAUUUUCUUUAAAUCUACCCCUUUACUCCGAACAACUCGAAACGGAUCUCGUUACUAAUGUUUUACGUCCAGGGAACGUUUGGGGAUCAUAUAGGCAUCAGCUUCUUCGACCUUGCGAGCCCAGACUCACCUACCACACCAUUAUUAAUCAAUUGAUACGUGGAGAUUUAAGUACUAUUCGUUGGAUUGAAGGGCCUAUUACAAAGGAUUAUCAAAAUGAAAAUCUUAUUAGUAUUCAUUAUGCAUCACUGAAUUUUAAAGACGUGAUGUUGUCGAUGAAUCUGAAUACAGUGGAAAAAGUAUUACUGGGCGUAGAAUUAUGGGGCUUAAUCACAACAAGUAUACUUCUUAUUCAAAUCAUAUCCGACAGAACUUUCUCUUGGACUGUACCUAAUCGUUCGACUUUAGAAGAUGCAGCGACAGCACCGUGUGUAUAUUGCACAUGCAUAGCUGCACUUUACAUAAAUGGAGACAUGCAGAAGGGUGACAGAAUUCUUAUCCAUGCUGCUGGUGGAAUUGGUCAAGCCGCCAUUAUCUUAGCUCUCCGUAAAGGCUGUGAAGUAUUUACUACGGUCGAUACACCAGAAAAACGUAAAUUCAUUAAAGAAACAUUCCCUAGUAUAGAUGAUAAUCACAUUGGAAAUUCGCGAGAUACUAGCUUUGAGAAAAUGAUUUUGCAAGGAACAAAUGGCGCAGGUGUAGACAUUGUUCUAAAUUCUUUAGCAGAAGAUAAAUUUCAAACGUCGCUGCGUUGUUUGACCAAUAAAGGAAGAUUUUUAGAAAUUGGAAAGUUCGACUUAGCAGCAAAUAAUCAAUUGAGCUCCAAAAUCUUCAUGAAGGGUAUCAGUUUUCAUGGUGUAAUGUUAGACCAAAUUAUGAACACAAAUGACGAAGUCAAAAAUGAAAUUAGUUCAAUAUUCAACAAACUUAUGAAGGAAAAUGCGAUCAAACCAAUAAUUAGGACAGUGUUCGGACAAGAUGAAGUAGAGACUGCACUUAGAUUCAUGGCAGCCGGAAAGCAUAUGGGAAAAGUACUCAUCAAGAUCCUUGAAGAAAAUGAACCACUAAAUACACCCAUUUUGUCUGAACCGUUUUAUACUUGUAUUCCGAACAAAAGUUAUAUAGUUCUUGGUGGUUUGGGAGGAUUUGGCUUGGAACUAAUCGAUUGGUUGAUACUACGAAAUGCUCAGAAUAUUGUCAUUACUUCACGAAAUGGCAUAAAGUAUGGUUAUUAACACAUGAGAGUCAAUUUGUGGAAAUCAAACGGCGUGAAUAUCAAGAUCCUGGUAGGUGUAGAUGCGGCUAAUCGGGAUAGCAGCGAACUAAUUGUGAAAUCAGCUAUUGACCAGGGUCCAGUCGAUGGUAUAUUCAAUCUGGCGGCAUCUUUGAAAGACAGUAUUUGUAGAAAUCAAACACCGGAGACUUUUGAGGAAUCUUUCAAAGGAAAAGCAUGGGCAACAAAAUGUUUGGACGAGGUGACCAGAAAACUUUGUCCAGAUCUUCGUCACUUUGUCGUUUUUUCUUCCGUGUCAUGCGGAAGAGGGAAUGCUGGACAAACUAAUUACGGUAUGGCUAAUUCCAUUAUGGAAAGAAUAUGUGAAAAAAGAGUAGAAGAAGGUUUUCCUGGAUUAGAUAUACAAUGGGGAGCGAUUGGAGAUGUUGGUUUGGUUGCUGAAAUGCAAAAUGAAGAUAAAGAAUUUGUUAUUGGUGGUACCCUACUGCAAAGAAUAUCCUCAUGUUUACAAGUACUUAAUGGGUUCUUGGUACAGGAUAAAACUGUGGUUGGUAGUAUGAUAAUUGCCGAUAAACGAAAUAACAGCAAUAUGAAUAAUGUUGUAGACGCCGUCUUAAAUAUUUUGUGUAUUAAAGAUUUGAACAGCAUUAAUCCACGUACUCCCUUGCCUGAUCUGGGAAUGGAUUCCAUGACUGCUAUAGAAAUAAAACAAACAUUGGAGCGUGAAUAUGAUAUAUAUCUUACUGGGUCAGAUAUUCGGAACUUAAACUUCGCCAAACUUAUAGAAAUGAAUAAUAAAUCAACCGAUAAUAGUAAUCAGAAUGAAAAUGAUACAAAUCAAAUAUUAUCUAUUACAAAUAUGUUGAGGCAAUUGUUUGGUGAAGUAUUUUCUACCGAAUUAGCUAUUCCACUUAAAACUAAUCCGGCGGAAGGUCGUAGAGAGAUAUUCUUUCUGCCAGGAAUCGAAGGCUAUGCUGAUAUUUUCAAAACAUUAGAAUCAAAUAUUAAAUCACCUGCGACAUGUUUUCAAUUUGCUCUUAAUUAUGAGUCAAAAACUGUUGAAGCUAUGGCCAAUUCCUUUCUACCGCUUAUAUUGGAGAAACUUAAGGAUCGAAAUGAUUUCCUGUUAGUAGGAUAUUCAUUUGGAUCCGUUCUAGCUAUUGAACUCACGCGUAUGUUAGAAAUCAAAGGAUUUAUUGGCCGGUUAAUAUUGAUAGACGGAGCUCCUCAGCAUCUGAAAACAUUUAUACAACAAAACUUGCAUUCCUCAUCGGAGGAAGAAUUAGAUAACAAUAUUUUGCUCGAUAUAAUGAACGCGUAUGUAGGUCUGAACGUUGUAGAGCUUGAACUUGAAUUAAAAAAAUGCAAUUCGUGGGAUGAGAAAUUAAAUGCAUUUUUUAAUGUUCUAUCUCCCGAACACAAGGAAUUAUUUUUGAAGGAAGAUCGAAGAAAAGCCAUUCACUCACUUCAUUUGAGAUUGCAAGCAGUUAUGGCAUAUAAUCCAGAACCAAUGCCAUAUCUAAGGACACCAAUCAUAUUAUUCAAACCGCAGUUUCCGUCUGUAUCAAAUGCUGCGCAUGAUUAUGGAUUGAAGAAUAUAACUGAGGCCAAAGUAGAUGUUCGCACUGUUGAAGGUAAUCAUAUCACGAUGUUAUGUGCCACGGAAAUUUCAAUGGCUAUUAAUGAUGAACUAUUUGAUGCUGCAACAUUUACAGAAAACGUAAUUUAAGAAAACUAAUAGAGCGUUGAUGAUAUAUUUGUGUGUUGUGAUUUUCCGAAAUAAAUAUGGGAUAUCAAAUAUUUCUAUCAAUUUCCUUUGUAUUUUAUAAUAAAGAAUAUACAUGGAAAGUA